AUGCAGUUAACACAUCAGUUGGACCUAUCUUCUGAAUGCAGGGUGACCCUUCUGUUAUUUAAUGACUUAAAAAAUGCCAGAGACUUGAGAAAAAAGGCCAUGGAAGGUGCCAUUGAUGGUUCAUUAAUAAACCCUACUGUGAUCAUCGAUCCAUUUCAGAUACUUGUUGCAGCAAACAAAGCAGUUUAUCUCUACAAACUAGGGAAGAUGAAGAUGAGAACUCUUGCUAAUGAAAUUAUUUUUAACCUGUCCCCAAAUAACGAUAUUUCAGAGGCUUUGAAAAAAUUUAGUAUCUCAGUGAAUGACUCUUCAAUUCUAAUUGUUGACAUUGAAGAUGGAGAAAAACAAAUAGAUCAAGAAAACCUAAUAUCUCAGGUAGAAGGUCAUCAAGUUUCUCUGAAAAAUCUUCCUGAAAUAAAAAAUAUUACAGAAGUCAAAAAAGAUAUAUAA